CAUCUCAUCAUAUUUCCCGAUCCCUGCUUUUGGUCAAUGUCAUGCACGGUCUCCCCUCUCCUGCUGACUCGCCCUCAUCUAUACCCGCCGACUUGACCACUCCAGUUCAGAGCAGAAAACGCCAACGCUCCGUAUCCAUGGAUUCCGAACACUCAUCAGCCUCAGUCAAGAGAUCGGCCUCUGAAGGCCCUUCCAACGGCAGUGGCGUGCUCAACUCAGAAGACCACAACAAGGAAGAUCGAGAAGCCUGCGAGAUAGAUGCCUACAUGGCAGAGCAGGGAGAGGCAGACCAGGACACAAUAACCCUUCAGUAUCCCUACCCAUCCUCCGAUGAGCUCACCGUGCCGCAGAAACUGGUGUACAUCAAGGAGCGCCGUAACAGGCCCAUGGCUGUAGGCGAUACGUGGUAUAUUGUCUCGAGACAGUGGUACAGGAGAUGGGAGGCUGCCUGCGAGGGAAGGAUAGACAAGGAUGGCAGCGUCGAAGAGAAAGACGUUGGGCCAGUCGACAACUCUUCUCUUGUUGACAAGGACAAGAAUCUCACCUCUUCUUUGGUCGAGGGCAUCGACGUUGAGUUCCUACCCGAAGAUGCAUGGCAGUCGCUGGUGAUGUGGUAUGGCCAGCCCGUACACCCAUUGCCGCGUAAAGUCAUCGCCAGGGGCGUUCUGCAGGAACCUACCUUAGAACUCCGUCCCCCCCGGCUGAAAGCGCUGAUUCUGAAAAACUUAGAGUCUGGUGAUGUGGCUGGCCCUCCACCUUGUUACGUGACACUAUCCACGAAAGAUUCUCUCAAGCGGCUUUGCCGGGAACUGAUCACGGCUGUGAGCCCACAGGUCAACGCUCCCUACAGGGUAUGGAAGGUUGAUCCCGCCGAGCUCAGUGGAUCACAAAUCCCAGUGUCCAAAUUCUCAUCCUACAACCCAAAACUUCUGGAGGAAAGUGACAGGUCUUUGGAAGACUCCCUAAUCGAACCGGACGAUCCAUUUGUUGUUGAGUUUCAGGAGAACGGUGCCUGGCUGGUUGAUGCGACUCAGGUUACAUCUUCCGCUGCCGACAUGCCUCCCCCACUAUUCAGCUCAGAAAAUGACUUUUUCAGCCGUCUGGGCAAUAGAAGUAGCUCAUCCUUUGGCGCUGGCACACAGUCUACGUUACUUAGCAGUACAAAGACUUUUACGCCGGCCAAGCCAUCUGCCUCGACCUCGACAGGUUUUACCAGAUCGCUGAACAAACCAAUACAGAUGCCUGGUACCUUGGGUCUCGGAAACAUGGGCAAUACAUGUUUUAUGAACUCUGCCCUACAAUGUCUGGCGCAUAACAAGGAGCUGAUGGAUUACUUCCUUUUUGGCGUAUAUCACCAAGAGCUCAACCCUGACAAUCCCCUUGGCAUGCAAGGCGCUAUAGCCGAGGCUUUCGGUGCUCUGGUUGACAAGAUCUGGGCUACAAACUCGACUAUGUCUUCUUAUUCUCCUCGAGAGUUCAAGAUGGCACUUCAGCGGUUCGCCCCCCAAUUCAGUGGCUAUCAGCAGCAUGACUCUCAGGAGCUAGUUGCGUUCUUGCUGGAUGGCUUACAUGAGGAUUUGAACCGGGUCUUGAAGAAGCCUUACGUCGAGAAACCUGACUGGGAUGGUGGUGGAGAUGUGGAGCUUGUUCAGCUGGCACAGAAAUCGUGGGACGGGUAUAAGCUCAGAAACGACAGUGUCAUUGUCGACCUUUUCCAAGGACAGUACCAAAGUACGCUGGUGUGCCCUGAAUGCCAGAAAAUCUCGAUAACGUUCGAUCCUUUCAUGUAUCUAACACUCCCUCUUCCUAUCACGAAGAAGUGGAGGGGCACCGUGUACUAUGUUCCAUGGGACACCGAAAGGCCUCACUACAAGGUUCUCGUCGAGGUUGGGCGUGACUCUUCGUUCAAAGAGCUACGAAACCAAGUAGGCAAGUACAUGAACACUCCACCAGAGAAUCUCCUCACGCUGGAAAUCUUCAACAACCGUUUCUACAAAAGUCUCGACGAUAACGUUCUUGUUGGAGACAUGUCAGACAAAGACAUCAUUGUUUGCUUUGAGCUUCCAUGCCAUGCUCAACAGAGUCGGACGUACAAAAAGAAGCCCGAGGAUCCCAUACUUGUCCCCGUGUUCCUGACGGACAUAGCGCCCACAAGAUCGACAACAUAUUCGUUCAACCGCGGACCCUCGUACUUUGGUUACCCGUUCAUCAUUGCCGUCGAACAGGAAGAGGCGAAGACAGUUGAAGACAUUUAUGCUGCUGCUGUUCAUCGUCUUCAGCGGUGGACCGAUCAGGCAAGGGAUCUAUUUAGAUGGGAAGUUGGACCAGUCGUUGCCCCUAUCCAGAUCACAGGUAGUGCGCCACCCAAGGACACGCUCACGGAGAUCAAAGAGAAUGGUGAUGUCAUUCCUGUAGCGCCCGAGGAAGGGGAUAUCGCUGACCAGAAGAACGUCCUGCACGAAUCGGAGGUGGUCGAAGAAAAGAUGGAUACCACUGCUGAUGAAGAUGUUCCCCACAUUGUUGGUGUCAAACCAGACAUAUUCAAUUUGCGUCUCCAAAUCAAUCACAGGGACUUCGGUUCUGGAUUCGGCGGGUACGGUGCUACUGCGCCACGUUAUGAGACCUGGGAAGAUCGCCAAAAAGAGGUUGAGGACGGGAGCUCGCUGCUCCGAGAGGGCGAUGCGUUGUUCUGCGAGUUUGACGAGAACAUGAAGGCCUAUUACUUCGGCGAAGGGACUCAGAACGAACAUGCUCGAUGGGACGCCUGGGAGUUCUUUGAGCACCCUGACCUGAUCGAAGCCAGUAAAGCUGCUGCCGAAAAGAAGAAUAUCACGCUUGGUGACUGCUUGGCCGAGUUCACGAAAGAGGAGCAGUUGGGCGAGGAUGACUUGUGGUACUGUCCCAAAUGCAAGAAACACCAACAGGCGACGAAGAAAUUCACUUUGUGGAACGCGCCAGACAUCCUUGUUGUGCAUCUCAAACGAUUCAGUAACAGCCGAGCCAUGCGCGAUAAGAUCGACGCCCUGGUCGAUUUCCCAAUCGAAGCCCUCGAUCUGACCGACAUGGUUGGUGAGCGGAAGGCGACAAGAAGGCUUGCGGAGAGUGGUGUAGAUGUACAAACAUUGGGGCUUGAAAACGACGAUGACCCUCUCCUAUACGACUUGUUUGCCGUUGACGAACAUUUGGGCGGUCUCGGUGGAGGGCAUUACCGAGCUUACGCCCAUCACUACGGAACCGACAAAUGGUAUCAUUUCGAUGACUCCUACGUGACAGAGUCAACAGCGGAACAGUCAGUGAACGCGAAUGCAUACCUCCUUUUCUACCAGCGGCGUAGCAGCAGGCCUCUUGGCGGAAAAUCGCACACAAAGAUCCAAGAGUUCCGCCAAAAGGUACAGGAAGAACAACUGCAGCGAGAGGCCGCUGCUGCAGUGUCCGAAGGAAACCAACUCCCGACACCGCCAAGUGAAUCGACCACGCCAGCGUAUGUUUCAACCCGUCAGACCAGUGUCGCCAACACUGGCUGGCUCACUCCACAGUCGAACUCCAGAUCAUCACCGGACUCGUCUCCACCGCCACCCGAUGAAGGUGACCCACCGCUUUUCGAGGAAUUGGAAGACAUGUCUUCCAAUCCGCUCGAACAUGUAGCUGCCCGAGACUUUGACUUCCCCGACCCCUCAAAUCUCGCCUCUCCGUCCUCGUCAGUUGAGGCUGAACCCGAUCGCGACGAUGAGCACAUCGAGAACCUCAACUCCCCAGACAUGGGCUGGCCCGCUCCCGGGCCAGUGGCUAGUACACAGGGCGAGUGGGUGAACGAUGAUGCAGACCCGUUUUCCGAUGCCAACUCUCAAGGUAGAAGGUAGAAGUUAUGCAGGCACUAGUGAUCAUGAAGUCGGCGAGAUGCAUACCUGGACGAUUGAAGUAGAGCGCGUCGAGUUUAAUCUACGCCAUAAUUAUGUAUCGUACGUAUCCUAGACUCGAAGUAACAAACUUAACUGAGC